AUUUAACCACAACUGUUGUUGUUGUUUAUUUUUGGGUUUGAGAUUAACUGGAUUGGAAUUGGUGAAGCUGUUUGAAUAGUAAGUUGGAAUUGGGUAAUAUUCAAGCAUUGAGUAAAUUAUCCAGAUAUAAAUACGCAUAUAAUCCAUUUAUGAGCUGCUGGCUGCUGCAGUAGCAUUCUUCUGAUAAACAAAAACUGAGUGAAUAGUUUGGUUGUGCUUACUAUAGCAAGAGAAACCUAUCUUAAUUUGGGCAUCGGUCCUUUGGCGUUUUCUAAAAUCCCUAGCCCGAUCUCCUGUGGAGGCAGCCAUGAGGACCCUAUUUUCAACCACCAAACGCCUCAUUUCUUGCACUAGCGCCACCGCCGUGGCCACCCAUUCCCGUUCCUUCAGCUUGAUACCCAUGGUGAUCGAGCACUCUUCCCGCGGCGAGAGGGCUUACGACAUUUUCUCUCGUCUCCUCAAGGAAAGGAUCGUCUGCAUCAAUGGACCCAUCAACGACGACACCGCCCACGUCGUUGUGGCUCAGCUCCUCUUCCUCGAAUCCGAAAACCCAUCCAAGCCUAUCAACAUGUACCUCAACUCCCCUGGCGGUCAAGUCACUGCAGGUCUUGCAAUUUAUGAUACGAUGCAGUACAUUAAGUCUCCAAUCAACACAAUCUGUUUGGGGCAAGCUGCAUCCAUGGCUUCUCUCCUUUUAGCUGCUGGAGCAAAGGGUGAAAGGCGGUCCCUCCCCAAUGCCACCAUCAUGAUUCACCAGCCUUCUGGUGGAUACAGUGGGCAGGCUAAAGAUAUGACCAUUCACACUAAGCAGAUUGUUCGCGUUUGGGAUUCAUUGAAUGCUUUGUAUUGCAAGCAUACAGGGCAAUCAAUUGAUAUAAUUCAGAAGAAUAUGGAUAGGGAUUAUUUUAUGACCCCUGAAGAGGCUAAAGAGUUUGGGUUGAUUGAUGAAGUAAUUGAUCAAAGGCCAAUGGCUUUGGUCACUGAUGCUGUUGCUAAUGAACCCAAAGAUAGCAAAGACAGCAAAGAUAAAGGCUCCAAUUAGGAUUAGAGGCAGUAAGCUCUUUCUUGAUUAAUUGUUACUGUUCUUCAAUCUUAUGGUUAACUCUCUUUUAGCUGUUGAUUGAUGUUAUGCUUCUGGAAUUAAUUUCUGAGAUUUAGGUAGCUUGCUAGCUAAUAUUUCAAUCAGUACUUUCUUUUUUUGAGAUCAUAUGCAUCAAGUUUUGCUCGAAAACGUUUUUAUUUGAGUAAGGGAUGUGCACUUUAUUGGAAA